UGUUCCGUGUGUGGUGAUAGUGCCAUAUGUUUGCACUACGGCGUGAGGACUUGUGAGGGAUGCAAAGGAUUCUUCAAGCGUACCGUACAAAAAGGAGCUAAAUACUCGUGUCUAGCAGAGAAAUGUUGUCCUGUUGAUAAAAGAAGGCGAAACAGAUGUCAGUUUUGCAGAUUCCAAAAAUGCUUGGCUGUUGGAAUG